AUGCUCCUUGCGCUCAUCAAUGCGGGUGCUGUGCCGGGCCGCUGGGUGCCGGGAUACCUGUCCGACCGACUGGGGCGGUUCAACAUGCUCAUCGCUACGAUCCUCGGGUGCGGCAUGUCCCUUGCCUGUCUUUGGCUCACGUCGGGAUCGAGUCCUGCCCUGCUUAUCGCCUUCGCGGUGGUGUUCGGCUUCUUCAGUGGCGGCAAUGUGAGCCUGGCACCGGUGUGUAUCGGACAGCUGUGCACGAUUGAGUCGUAUGGACGAUACUAUUCGACGGCGAAUGUGUUGGAGAAAUCUUUUAACCAGUCGCAGGGGAGCUUCCGGAACUUGAUCAUCUUUACCAUCGUCAGCUACGCAGCAAGCUUUAUCUGUCUUAUUAUUGCCAUAUUGUGA